UUUAAUAAACCAUGAGUGACAGAGGGAACAAUGACACAGCCUGUGCUGUUUACCGUGGUUUUUGCUGUAACUGUAGUGUCGUCUUCUGUAUUUGAAACAGUCGAUGCCAAUUAUGAUGUAGGUAAAGAAAAUAUUCCGCGCCUAGAUGAAAAGGAUAUGGAUGUUGAACAGCUAAAACAAAACGUACUGAAAUUAAAUCAGAUGUUGAUUGAGCAGGACAAGAAAAUAAAUGAACUAACCAAGCAAAAACAAAAAAGCAUCGUUGAAAAUUCUUUUACGCAAGAUUUAACCAAACAGUUUUUUAACGAGAUCAAUGUUUUGAAAAGUAAAGUUUCUGAAUUGGAGUCGAAGAUUACGCUUAUGGAGGACAAGAACAUCCAUUACGAAGCAUAUUCAGAAAGUAAAUCUGCUAAAAUAAUAACAGAGCAGACUACCUUCAAUUCAGUAGCACAACGACAUGCUGAGACCGUUGGUAUCGCUUUCUUUGCGUCACUUACCAACCAUAUGGAGAAUCUCGGAGCUGGACAACACAUUGUCUUUGAUAAUGUCUUCACAAACGAGGGAGGUGCCUACAAUAAAUACCACGGUAGCUUUACAGCUCCAGUCCCGGGAAUAUACGUAUUUUCUCUCACUCUGCUGUCCUUCCAAGACCUGGCAGGGCAUUUCCGAGUUCUUCGCAAUGGCGCUAUCCUUGUUCACAUCUGGCCUGAUGGCAGAGGUGACGGCGAUUACGAUACAGCAGCAGGUACAGUCGUUCUUGUCCUCAACGCUGGAGACGUCGUUGCCAUUGACAACCAAAAUGCUGGAACAAAGCUAUACGGGGAGCAUUAUUCGUUUUUCACCGGCUUCUUGUUGAAGUCCUUUUAAUCAGACAAAAUAUACACCGGCUGUAAGAGACAUUGUUGAUCAUUAAUUGUUUACAAUUGGAUUUAAAUGCGCAUUAUUGGCUUUGAAUCUUUGCAGCUGUGAAAAAUCUUUUUCUUGAUGUAUUUUAAAUGUUUCUUCUAUUGAAAGGAGCUUAAUUAAUAAACAAGCGACUUUGAAA